AUGUGGUUGGAACAGCCUUUUGAAAUGGCGGUCCCUCUCUGUUGGAUGUUAAUCUUGAACUUUGCGAUGGCUCUGACGCCACCCAAGCUAAACCUAUACCUUGAAGACAUCGAUGAGCUUUGCUGGCCAGAGGGAAAGGUUUACGAUAUCUUCGACACAAUCAUGACCACAGUCGACUACGCAGCCGCCCACACAAAUGGUCAACUAGAAUCAAAAGACGUUGAUUUUGCUUUAACUUUUGUCUCCGGCUGUAGUCUGGUCGAGGCAAAACAUGUUUCCAGUGUUAUUAGUUUCUUGAGAGAUGCUUGUUCCCUGGCAAACUCCAGUGCUGGUUAUUCCGUUUUCUUGGGCCCAAUACUUGGAAGCAAUUGCCACUCCGUCACUGAUUGGAUUGCCCUCGGAGCCGUACCAUCUGGAGCCCAAAGCAACCUCUAUCAGAUCAGCUAUCUCUGCCAAGAUAUCGAAUCUUUUAGGCUUUUUGAGAAGGUUCAAACCUGCCACUCAGAUAAGAUCUUUUUGGCUGUGAAUAUAAGAGAC